AUGCUUUCCUUUAAAUCCUAUCUUUUCUUUGCUUUUACUUCUUGUGUACAAGUUUUCCCGAGUUGGCUGAGGCUACCAUACGCCUCGAUAAGGGCCAGACUUCGCGUAGCUGCUCCCGCCGGCACCACUGUUCUUUUAGCACCUCUUCGCGGAAUAAUAUUCAUGGCAUAUGCUGCUCAUGUUCGAAUCGCCUCAGACGCCGACAUCGUCAUCAUCACCAGCAGCAGUAUGAGUCUUGCCAUUCCCGAAAUCACCGCAAACUACUUACUACUCGGCCUCACCAUCAUCCUGAUCAAAACGGCUCUUUGA